UCCAAGAUGGCGCCCCCAGGAGCUGGGAGCGGGUGACCGGCGGCGGGGAAGCGGCCUGGGCUGGCCCUCAGAUUGCGGGGUCCCGGGGGCUUGUCGCGGGGCGCCCCCGUGACCCACCGACCAGGCCUUCCCCCGGGCCGGAGCGAUGGCCGCGGAGAACAGCAAGCAGUUCUGGAAGAGGAGCGCCAAGCUACCGGGGAGCAUUCAGCCGGUGUAUGGAGCUCAGCACCCUCCUCUGGAUCCUCGGCUCACGAAAAACUUCAUCAAAGAACGGUCGAAAGUCAACUCAGUUCCUCUGAAGAACAAGAAGGCCUCCAGUUUCCAUGAGUUUGCCCGGAACACCAGUGACGCUUGGGACAUCGGCGAUGAUGAGGAAGAGGACUUUUCCUCCCCCCCUUUCCAAACUCUGAACUCAAAAGUGGCUUUGGCAACUGCAGCCCAAGUCCUGGAAAACCACAGCAAGCUGAGGGUAAAGCCGGAACGGUCGCAGUCGACAACAUCAGACGUCCCUGCCAACUACAAGGUCAUAAAGUCCAGCAGUGACGCCCAGCUGUCCCGAAACUCCAGUGACACGUGCCUGAGAAACCCACUCCACAAACAGCAGUCUCUCCCUCUGCGGCCCAUCAUCCCCCUUGUCGCCAGGAUCUCAGACCAGAAUGCUUCUGGGGCUCCUCCAAUGACAGUCCGGGAGAAAACCCGCCUGGAAAAGUUCCGCCAGCUGCUUUCCAGCCACAACACGGACUUAGAUGAGCUGAGGAAGUGGAGCUGGCCAGGUGUUCCCAGGGAAGUUCGACCAGUGACCUGGAGACUACUCUCGGGCUAUCUCCCAGCAAACACCGAGCGGCGGAAGCUGACCCUGCAGCGGAAGCGGGAGGAGUACUUUGGCUUCAUUGAACAGUAUUAUGACUCUCGGAAUGAGGAGCACCACCAGGACACCUACAGACAGAUUCACAUUGACAUUCCAAGGACCAACCCUCUCAUUCCCUUGUUCCAGCAGCCGCUCGUCCAGGAGAUCUUUGAACGAAUUCUCUUUAUCUGGGCCAUCCGACACCCCGCCAGUGGGUAUGUCCAGGGAAUCAAUGACCUGGUCACUCCGUUCUUUGUCGUCUUCCUCUCGGAAUAUGUGG